AUGAAAGGCACAACUUGGGUUAACCGGUGCAGCGAAGACCUGGAAUGCUUGGAAUUAGAGGAUGAACAACCACUGGCCCAGUUGAGUUCAGUGCAAACGGAUAAAAUGACACUAUUCUUCACCGAGCUUCUAGACCAUGAUCGUGAUGACGUCAUCUGUGAUCAGGACUUCGACAAUUUUUUUGAGAAGCUGGUUCACUUCGCCGACUGGUCCAAUAAUUCAUCCGAAUUCCACAUACUGUUGGAGGUGAAACAGGAAUUUAUCGAAUAUUUCAUCAACCCGCUUCCAACAAAAUGGAGCGAAUUAGCGUACUACAAACGGGUAUGCGGCCCCGAAGCUGGUGGUGCGCCCGGCAGGACUACACUGGAAGGAUGGCUGGCUCGAUGGGCGUUGUACCUAAGCGAAAUGAAGAGGUUCGCCGAUCUGCCGCUGUAUUUGCAGUACCUUUGCAAAAUUCUUUUCCACGUCAUAGAUAGAACCGGUGUCGGUGAAAUAACAAAACCAGCACUUGCAGCAUUCUAUCGAUCUGUUAUCGGUUUAUCAGCGACACGAAUCGAAGAAAUUAUCGAUACUGCUUACGACCGCAUGACAAGCAAUGGGUACUUGAUCUUGGACUACGGCACAUUCAUGCAUUGUUUCACCAACUGGCUGAUGGGGAAGAACCCGAACGGUCCGGGCCAAUGGGUGCUGGUGCCGCCAAAGAUCUCACUCCCACAGCCGCCUUUCCCCGUAGACUACAGCGCGUUGAACACAGAACCAGCUAACCUGGAACCAUACGUACCAGACAAAAAGACCAACAGGCAUUCCGUUAUAGUA